GCGGGGCCGAGGCGGGCCAGGAAAUGCCCGGGAGUGGGUGUCACCUGCUGAAACAACUUGUUGACUCCCAGGAGCACGGCCAGCUCGGUGCGUGGCUCACCUGUCCCCAGCGCGCAGGGCCGCUCGCCCCCCACUGCCCAGCCAUGAGCAAGUUGGGCAAGUUGUUCAGAGGGACCCGCUCCUCCCGGGCCCGCGCCGCUCCCAGCCCCCAGGAGGCCCUGGCCCGCCUUCGGGAGACCGAGGAGAUGCUGGCCAAGAAGCAGGAGUACCUGGAGAACCGAAUCCAGAGGGAGCUCGCCCUAGCCAAGAAGCACGGCUCCCAGAACAAACGAGCUGCCUUGCAGGCAUUGAAAAGGAAGAAGAGACUUGAGAAGCAGCUCACACAGAUUGACGGCACGAUUUCCACCAUUGAGUUCCAGCGAGAAGCUCUAGAGAACUCACACACCAACACUGAGGUCUUACGGAACAUGGGCUUCGCAGCCAAGGCAAUGAAAGCCGUUCAUGAAAACAUGGACCUGAACAAAAUCGAUGACUUGAUGCAAGAUAUCACGGAGCAGCAGGACAUUGCCCAAGAGAUCUCAGAAGCGUUUUCUCAAAGGGUUCAGUUUGCCGAUGGCUUUGACGAGGAUGAGCUACUGGCAGAACUUGAGGAACUGGAGCAGGAAGAAUUAAAUAAGAAGAUGAAAAACAUGGAGCUUCCAAACGUGCCUUCCUCUUCCCUCCCGGCACAACCCAGUAGGAAGUCCAGCAAGCCCUCCACUGUACACCGAUCUCGAGCAGCAUCAUCCAGGAGGGCAGAGGAGGACGAUGACUUCAAGCAGCUGGCGGCUUGGGCUACUUAAGGGAAAAUGGAAACAUCUGACACUGAAGUUCUCGAACUACCCAUGAGACAUGAAUGUUUUUGCAAAGCUUAGACGUUGGCAGAGACCUGUUCUAUGUGUUAUUGUCUUUUCUGUAAUAGUUGAGUCAUGCGUAGACAUGGUCAGGAACGGAAAGGGUCUGGUAGCGUCGUAGAAGACCCUUCCAGACUGAUGGAGUAGGGGCUCCCUGCUGUAUUUACUGCUGUAUUUCUAGUUCUGGCACAUAGAUGAUUCUUUGUAUAUAUGUAUUGAAAGGACACUGAUUCUAUUGACAUUAAAUACAUAUUCCAGCUUA